GUCCGUGUGUCCUAUACGAUGACGUCAAGUCUGUUCUAUAAGACGAGGUUUCUCCUUGUCCUGUCACACAUUGAAGCGAGUCUGGAGGAGAAGACAAGACGCAGCUGAACCGGGAUGGAGAAAACGGUGAAGGACCACAUUAUAGACACUUUAGAGUGCCUGCCCGACAACGGGCUAAAACGGUUCAAGGACAAGCUGGGCGAAACGCCGUUCCAGGGGCGCAAAAUCGCCAAGAAGAAGCUUCAGAAGGGGGGAAGCGUUAAAGUAGCUGGUUUGUUAAUCGGCACCUUCACCAUAAAGCAGGCUGUUGACAUCACGAUAUCUGUUUUAAAGGCCAUUAGCGAGGCAAAACUGGCUGACGAGUUGCAAAGAAAGACUAAACACGGAACCUCGGAGAUGUCAUCAGAGAAGAGCGUGCCAGGUGAGAGGGCUCAAGAGGCUGAACUCCAGGUAGAAAUGAAGAAAACGCAGGUCGGCCAAAUCACUCACUUUGCUGAGGACAACAGAGAAUUGCCCAGCUCAGAGAGAACUCUGGACGCUACACCCAUCAUCGCAAAUCCUCAAGACCUGGACAAACCUCAGGGUCCAGCAGACACAUCGUCUGUCACCUCUACUGGUCAAGGGAUCCAGCGCAUGCCUGUUUCAAGAUUUCUGUGUACAAAACUUCCUCCUGGAGAGAUAAAGAUAGGCUUAGUGGGAAGUGACACUGCUUCUCUGAGCUGGGGCAGUCCUGACAAUAUGGAUGGGAUCCCACACAGCUUUAAAAUUACCUACUCUAGCUCUGAUAGGAGUCACCAAGACUCCAUUACUGCACUCUCCAAUUCCACUGUCAUUUCUAAGCUGAGACCUGGGACAGAGUACAGCUUAACAGUCAACACAGUGCUGGAGAAUGGGACGCAGAGCAUGCCUGCUUCUGCAUCUGUCUGCACAAAAACACAUCUAGAAGAUUUGCUGUGCAAGCUGGGACUGGAGAACUACUUCCCAGGCAAGAUUACGUUGAGUACUGUCCUUGAGAUCGGUACAGAGAGUAUUACAGAUAAACCGAUUCAGUCACUGAAAAAACUGCCCUGGUGCUUUCUGAAAAGACUCAUGAUGGUAAAUGUGACAGCUCGGAGUACCAAGUGCAGUGCUACUGAGACAGAUACAGACUUGGCAUUGCAAGACCUUGAUAGUGUUCUUGAACUUAUUGGUAGUAAUGAUGAUCAAGACAGUAAUACAAUUAAUCCACUUGAUCUCAUCACAGCACUCUUUCUGUGCUCAGAUAGUUUCCUGCAGCAGGAAAUGAUGCUAAAAAUGUCGAUGUGCCAGUUUGCUGUACCUCUCUUGCUCCCUGACUGCAGCACCAUUCAGUGUACAUUAAUGCUGUGGGCCAUGCGAGACAUUGUGAAGAAGUUUAGACCCCAUUCAUUAGCUGACCCAAAAGGGUUUGUAGAAGACAGUAUAGUCAGCACUGCCAUGCCAAUGAUCUCUUUUGUCAGGCUGGGUGACUGCAGUUUAUCAAAGUCUCAGAUUCUGAAUCAGGUUCUCAGUAACCCCCAGCAGUACCAUGAUGUCUUCAUCCAUCGUAAUAUGGAAUGUGGUGAUGUUACACAGAGAAUUGCAAAUGGUCUAGUGGAUAUAAGUUGGUACCUUCCUUGUGGAAACAAAAACUUGGACAUCUUUCCAGAACCUGUAGCUGUUGCCAACCUUCAUGGAGAUCUCCUUUCCUUUCAGAAACAGUUUUCCAUUUUAUGUCAAACAUCCUCGGCAGUCUUCAUAUUUUUUGACAGUAUUGCGGAGAGUGAGUGCAAUCUCUUGUCCUCUGCAGGAAAUAUUAAAGCCCAAUUGUUUUUGGUUGCAAAUUUUUCAAAUAAGACAGAGAAAAACAUAAACUCUCUGAAAGACUUGGCAUCAAAAUUAAAAUUAAGUGGAAGUCAGAUCCUAUUUAAGAAACAGCAGACCAAUGAUGCAGACUUCGUGUCAAAACUGCGCUUAACUAUGAAGGACAUCAUGGAAAACUGUCAACACAAAAUGACCAUUGAAGGCAUGUCUAUUGAAGCACAUGAAUUGGGGAUUCCUGUAGAUGAAGACUGCACUGAAUGUCAGAACGCUAAAAGAAGUGCUGCAGAAAUCACAGGUAGAAUCGACGAUGUGGUGCAAUAUAAAGAGGAUCAGUUGCCAUUGCAAGGGAAGCUUUGGAAGGAGCUGGCUAAAAUAGAAAAAGAGGAGUGCAGACUAAGGAAGGCAGGAGACAAGCCUAUUGAAGAAUAUAAAGCCAAUCUGCAAAGAGAAAAACAGAAACUGAGACAACAACAAAGCAGUUAUGAUUUGUCUGAAGCAAUGCAGUGUUUCAUCACUGCUAUAUCCAAUGAAAGCAAACAAGAACAAUCCUAUUUUCUAAAGUGGAUGAGGAUGAACUUGGAUGUUACAGCACGAAAAAAGCUUUCUGGGCUUCGUGAUGAAUACAAAGAAAAGAGUUGCAAGUUGUCGGUGAACAAAGAGAUAAUUGCAGCCCUGGAUCAACAAAUAUUAAACAGCUCUUUAGGAAUUGAACAUUUCAUGCGUGAAAUGGGGCAGAUUUAUGAAGCUGCAUGCUACCAUCCUGACUAUAAGAAAUAUUGUAAGCAAUUUCAAUAUCUUCCGAGUUUUGGGGCUGAACUGCUGUUGGAUGGCUUUCCUCUUGAGCUGGUGGAUGGAGAUGCAUCAAAUAUCCCUGUAAGGUGGGUGACCGAUGUUCUAACAAAACUCCAUGAGAAAGUCCAACACAAGAGCAGGGUACUGGUUGUAACAGUGUUGGGAGUCCAAAGCACUGGGAAGUCUACCCUACUCAACACAAUGUUUGGGGUUCAGUUUGCAGUUAGCAGUGGCAGAUGCACGAGAGGAGCCUUCAUGCUGUUAAUCAGAGUCAAAGAGGAUCUUAAAGAAGAGCUGAAAUGUGAUUUUAUCUUGGUAAUCGACACUGAAGGUUUAAAAUCUCCAGCUUUGGCACAACUAGAAGACAGCUACGAACAUGACAAUGAGCUUGCAACACUGGUUGUAGGUUUGAGUGACAUCACCAUAAUAAACAUUGCAAUGGAGAACUCCACAGAGAUGAAGGAUAUCCUACAGAUCGUGGUGCAUGCCUUUCUUAGAAUGAAAGAAGUGGGGAAGAAACCAAACUGUCACUUUGUGCACCAGAAUGUGGGGGACGUGUCUGCUUAUGACAAAAACAUGCGGGACAGGAAUAAGCUUCUAGAACAGCUGAAUGAGAUGACACAGGCAGCUUCUAGAAUGGAAAAGAAGGGACCCAACAAAAAAUUCACUGAUAUAAUGGAGUAUGAUGCAGAGAACAAUAACUGGUACAUACCAGGCCUGUGGCAUGGUAACCCUCCAAUGGCACCAGUGAACACCGGCUACAGUGAGACUGUGUAUCAGUUCAAGAAGAGCUUGAUUGAGCUGUUAAAAAGCUGCACUGACCAAAAGCCUCCUGCACAAAUUACAGAGUUCUUGGAGUGGGUGGAAAGUUUGUGGAAAGCAGUUAAAUAUGAGAAUUUCAUCUUCAGCUUCAGAAAUAGUCUAGUGGCUGAGGCUUACAGUAAUCUCUGUGUUGAGUUUAAUACUUGGGAAUGGGACUUCCGGAAGCACAUGUAUACCUGGCUAGCAAAUGCUGAGACAAGGAUUUCUAACCUUUGCAGCUCAAACUAUGAUGACUUUAUGUGCAGUUUAACAGCUGAGGCAUCUUCUGAAUUGGCAAAGCAAGAAAAUGAAAUUCAGGAGAAACUGGCUAAUUAUUACAAGAAAAAAAAUAGAAAUGUCCAUCUAGUGGAAAAGCACAGAGAAGACUUUGUGAACAGCAUUAAAAGUCUUAGGAGAGAAAUUGAAAACUCUGUGAAAAACAAAUGCGAGACCGACAUUGCUAUACACAAAGAGAUGAAAAAAAUUAACGCCAUUCGUGAAGAAUAUAGAGCCACAAUUGAACGGAAAGUACUGUGCCUGAUUGAUGAGUGUAAGAAAAGAAAAAGCCCUUUAUCUGAAGAGCAGCUGGAGAAUGAAUUUGAAACAAUGUGGAAGCAGACAGUCUCUGAACUGACAUUUCAAGGCUUAAAGACACGAGAUAUUGUAUCGGACACACUGAAUAAAUUGAGAAUAAAUUUGGGAAGGCAAGGCAGUCAUGUUCAGAAGGAAUUAAGUGAGGUGAAGCAUUUUAAUGAUUGUGGACAAACACACUUUACUGCAACUGAGAAGCACUUUGACAUCUUACACAACCAGAAAAUAAACAAGAAGCCAGGUCUUUUGUCUAUGUGUAAGAAUACGUUUAAGAAUACGUGGAAGAUGUUCUCAGGGAAACCUGAAAAAAAAGAACCGGAAAACAAAGCAACUGAGAUGGCAAAUAAAAUAAUACAAACAUGUCAGCAGUUUGUAUCACAGCGAACAUCAGGUAGCGCAGAUUAUCAUGAUACCUACACAAGGGAGUUGCUGCAAAUGAUAGACAAAGAGCUGGAAAAUGAAGAGACUCUGAAGACCAAUGCCCAGUUUGAACUUGAUCUAAAGCUCCACAUCUGUGGCUACGCUGCCAGGGAGUUUCAGAAGAUGCAUGAGGACUUCAAUGAAAAAAAUGACCCCAAGAAAGCUCUGGAAAAAUGUAGACCUCAGUACUGUUCAAACUUCAAAGAUCUUUACCAUGAGAAGGAUCAGUGCCGAAAAACAGCUGAAGAAUUCACUGAGCGCUGCCUCAAGCCUGCAGUGAGGGAGUACAUCAACAAAGCCCUUGGGAUAGACAUUGUAGAUGAAAUCUUGACUGGUGCGGAAUCUGUGAAAUACAGCUCCCGGUCGUUUUUCCAGUUCUCACUUUUAAAGCAGAUUCUGGAUGAAGAUAAAUUUGAAAUCUAUGUGGAGUACAUUAGGAACUAUGAGAAAUUUGUAAAGGUUUGGAUAUCGAAUCAUAUUGUUCAGAAAUUUUCAAAAGAUGCCAAAAUAGGGGAUUUACAAGUGAAACGUCUUGAAACAAUAACAAAAAAAAUUCAAGCAGCUAUUGAAAAUGCCCAGAAGGAAACGGCUGAAAGCCAAACCAUGGCAAGUUUUAUUCAGAUGAUCUGCAGGAAUCUGGAUGAGGACCUCGUGAUCUGCAGGGAUGAGUUAGGAACAGUGCUGUUUCUAAAGAAUUCAAACAAUAAGGAGUUUGCUCAAUAUCUCCAGGUUCUUGUGAAUGAACUGACAGGUACUCUAAGGGCUGAAUUUUCUCAAGGUUGUGAUGUUGAAAAGAAACUUAUCAACCUACCAUUCAAGCCUCAGGAUGAGCUGUUCAAGAGGAUGUUUGGUUGUGGAAUGCAGUGUCCGUUCUGCAAGGUCCCCUGUGAGGCAGGAGGCCAGGACCACAAAGAACACCACGCAUCAGUGCAUCGACCACAAGGGCUGGGGAGAUGGAGAUAUCUAACCAAUGAGAAACUAACCGAGAGUGUGUGCACGUCUGAUGUAUUCAGUGAAAGGAAAUUCAGGAGUUGUGACACACAGGGGAAGUUUCAUCCCUAUAAAGACUACCGGGACAUUUACCCUGACUGGAACAUUCCCCCGGAUCCCAGUAUCGAAGCCUCUGACUACUGGAAGUACGUAAUGACUAAAUUUAAUAAAGAAUUUGCAGUGGAGUAUCAUGCAAAGCCUGCUGACAUCCCAGAAGAAUGGAGAAACAAAACAAAAGAAAUGGCAAUGAAAAGUCUGAGUAAGUCGUUCAAUGUUAAAACAUAAGCUGCCAUUCCUGCAGUUAAACAAUGCUAAUGUCAUUGAAAUGAAAAGAGCCUCUUCUGAAGUGGGCACAAAGAUGCCUCCUACACUAACCAAUAAAUACAUCUAUUUUAAUGUAAGAAAAAAAGUAAAUAUGUUUUCAUGGUUCGUGUCUUUGAAUGUACUCUUGGAUAUGCAAAUCUGUGCCUCAAAACAGACUUCAAUUUAUCUCAAAUUCUGUCUUUAAAAUGAUUUUCAAGAUUUGUGGCAAUGUGCCCCACACCUGUGUGCAUUUCUGUGUUAUAUGUUGUGUGUGGUGUGUUAAUGUUGGUGUAUAGAGAUGGCUGCCCGGGAUAUAAAUGGGUGUGUGUGUAGCACGAGUUAUUUAAAAUGUAUAAUUGUAUUUAGGCACAGGGAUUGCACUUCACGUGCAUUUAAAGUACUUUGAUAUGUGAACACAGGGUUUUUACAGAUUAGUUCAUGUACUGGGAUUCAAGUGAAUAAUUAAUUUGUAAUUGAAUCCCAGCACAAUUGUAUAUAAAGAUGCACGUUUUACUCACUCAGGGUUGUGUGUUCGUGAGUGGAGAACAGGUGUGGAGAGGAGAAUAAAAAAAGUAAGAAAAUAAAUAAUUGCUACGAGUGCUGGAAGCACCAGCACAUUACUUGUUUUGUGUUCGAACACUGACUUGUUGUCUAUUUAUUUUGGCCCAAAGUGCCAAAAUAUAUUUUUUGUUUUGUUCAACCUUUUUAAUUACAAUAAACCGGCGCAAGCAAGCGCAUUUACCAUUUCAUCCGUCCUUUUUUGUGUUAUUCAUUUCCUGGUUCUGACGUCACCACUCAGCCAGACUGUCACAAGAUUAAAUCAGUUUUAGCUGCAAUGCUAUAAAGGCUGUGCUUUUGGUAAUUCAUGAUUGUGUGAUUGGUUAACCUUUCAAUAUUUUAGAAUGUACUUUUAUACAGAGGAAAAUACUUUUCUGUAUAAAGUGAAAGUUUAAUGAUUUUUUUUUUCCUCUUCUGUUUUCCUAACAGUGUACUUGCUCACCCUUUAUGUGUGGGAUUUGAUAAACAGUUGAUGUUUGUAAGGGGCUUUCUUGUAAAAUGAAUCAUUAGUUAAUUCUUGUUUCUGUGUUUCCGUUAUGCUCAUGCUCUUGAUUUCCAAUUCCUGAAAACAUAUUGUAUUUAGAAAUAAAGUUUAGUUAAACAUAAAACAA